AUGUUCCCCUCGGUCCACCACACCCACGUAUGUGUGUUGCCCCUCGACCCUCCACGCCCACGCAUGUAUGUUGCCCCUCGACCCUCCACGCCCCCGCAUGUAUGUUGCCCCUCGACCCUCCACGCCCACGCAUGUAUGUUGCCCCUCGACCAUCCACGCCCACGCAUGUAUGUUGCCCCUCGACCAUCCACGCCCACGCAUGUAUGUUGCCCCUCGACCAUCCACGCCCACGCAUGUAUGUUGCCCCUCGACCAUCCACGCCCACGCAUGUAUGUUGCCCCUCGACCAUCCACGCCUACGCAUGUAUGUUGCCCCUCGACCCUCCACGCCCACGCAUGUAUGUUGCCCCUCGACCAUCCACGCCCACGCAUGUAUGUUGCCCCUCGACCAUCCACGCCCAGGCAUGUAUGUUGCCCCUCGACACUCCACGCCCACGCAUGUAUGUUGCCCCUCGACCCUCUACGUCCACGCAUGUAUGUUGCCCCUCGACCCUCCACGCCCACGCAUGUAUGUUGCCCCUCGACCCUCCACGCCCACGCAUGUAUGUUGCCCCUCGACCCUCCACGCUCACGCAUGUAUGUUGCCCCUCGACCCUCCACGUCCACGCAUGUAUGUUGCCCCUCGAUCAUCCACGCCCACGCAUGUGUGCUGCCCCUGGAUCCUCCACGCCCACGCAUGUGUGUUGCCCUCGAUCCUCCACGCCCACGCAUGUGUGCUGCCCCUCGAUCCUUUACGCCCACGCAUGUGUGUUGCACGCACACAAUGUGA